CCUAAAAUCAUCCACCUCCAAGCAGAAAAGUGGCAGCGGCAGCUCUGCAGGCCUCCAUUGCUGUCUGAUCCCCUCACAUCAAAUUACCAUCAACCACAUCACUGCUAUCCGACACUGACUUCCAGUAUUAUUCUGCAGGGAAGACUUAGCAUUCGUCGCCUCAGGAUGUCGUUAUCCAGAGUUAAAAUUCUUCUCACUUGGUGCAAUGAAAAUGGCAUCCAAAUCGAUCCCAGAAUACAAGUUCGGGAAAGUCGAAACCAUCAAGAGUUAGCCGAUAGGACGGAAAGUUCCUGCAAUUCCUCGCGCGGUCGCGGAAUCAGCGUGUACUCACUCGAAGACUUCAUUGAUUGUUCCCGUUCCCUUGUACGCAUUCCGAAGGCAGCUAUUCUCUCAACCAGGUCAUGCUUCCUCUCUCAGGACAUUACCUCUGCUCCAUAUGGCCAUGCUGCACAUCUCGCACUAGCUCUCGCCUUGUAUGGUGAGAUUUUGCGAGGCCAAGAUUCCAAGUGGUUCGGAUACCUCCAGAGCCUGCCGCGGGAAACUGUGGACACAGCUAUAUUCUGGGGUGUCAAGGACGUUAUUGACUUCAGAUCCUGUGUAUGCUCAAGCCGCGGAGAGACCAUUCCUUCGCAAAGUGCCAUUGGAGAUGAUGCUGGCAACGUUGGAGCGGCUUGCUCCAAUACGGAAUUCCCCGAGUGUGCUCCAUGCCUACAAUACCUGGACAGUAAGCGAGCUCGGAUGUGGCUUUCCUGUACAGAGGCUGAAAAAGAGCUGGACGGUCUAAUGGAUGAAAUACGUCAAUACUACGUCUCCGUCGUGGAACCCACGCUACACGCAGCCUUUGGCAGACUUCGGCAAGCGGAGGCCGAGCGCAAUGUCAAUGAGGUAUUAGGGGGUGAGAUUCCACGUCUCGAUGAAUACAGCAAUGAGUUAAACUCAGUGGAACCCUCGCUUCCUGGGUAUUGUCACGCAUACUCCCUCGUGUCCUCUCGCGCGUUUUUGGCGGAUGCGUAUCAUGGUCUUGCGAUGGUGCCCGUUGCUGAUGCGUGAGUGACUUCAAAGUUCAUCUUACUUUUUGAGCCUAGUUCCGUUUUCAAUGAAUGAAUGAGAUCAUGCAUCGCGGAAAUCCC